UUUAAAAUUCUGAUUUCUCUCCCGUGUAAGAUAUUAUCUUGUACUGUCCAUCGAUGUAUAAUAAUCUUUGAGCUGGCUCCUUUUAAAGCGGAUUUGAUCCUGAGAGCAUACUGAAAGUCCUCCAAGGAGAUGAUGUCGGCACUCUCUUUCACCGUGAUGCUCAUUUGUGGGUCAAAACAAAGAAACAGGUGCUCGAGACAUGGCGGUUGCAGCAAGGGAAUGUUCUAGAAGGCUGCAGGUUCUGUGGAUUAUCCCAUCUCUUUGCACUGUUAAAGGAAGCUUUUGAUUUUGUUUGUGCAAUUGAUUUAUAAUUCUACCUUGCCCUAACUUUAUAGCAUUCCUCGGUUUGUGCCCUCUUCUACAGGCACUAUCUUCAGAAGAUAGGAAAAAGAUUUUGCUGGACAUAGCAAAUGCUCUAGAAGCCAAUGAAAAAAGUAAUCAAGGUUGAAAAUGAGGCAGAUGUUGCUGCUGCUGAACAGGCUGGAAUGGAGAAGUCCUUGAUAGCACGGCUGGCUCUAAAGCCUGGCAAGAUUACAAGUCUUUCAAAAUCAUUACGUGUCCUUGCGAGCAUGGAAGAUCCAGACGGUCACGUUUUAAAGACGACCGAGCUUGCAGAUGGUCUUGUGUUAGAGAAGACAUCAUCUCCUCUCGGUGUUCUGCUAAUUGUUUUUGAGGCUCGGCCUGAUGCACUAGUGCAGAUUGCUUCAUUGGCGAUCCGCAGUGGAAAUGGUCUCCUACUGAAAGGGGGAAAGGAGGCCAGGCGAUCAAAUGCAAUUUUGCACAAGGUGAUCACUGAUGCCAUUCCAGACCAUGUUGGGAGAAGGCUUAUUGGACUGGUGACCUCAAGAGAUGAAAUUCCUGACCUACUUAAGCUCGAUGAUGUAAUCGAUCUUGUCAUUCCUAGGGGCAGCAAUAAACUGGUUUCGACUAUCAAAGCAUCAACCAAGAUCCCUGUUCUGGGUCAUGCAGAUGGAGUCUGUCAUGUAUAUGUUGACAAGUCUGCUAAUAUGCAAACGGCCAAGCGUAUUGUAGUGGAUGCGAAAGUGGAUUAUCCAGCAGCCUGUAAUGCAAUGGAAACACUUCUAGUGUAUUGGGCCGGGAUGAUGUUGCUUGUGCGUCAAAGCCCGAGAGCCCUCAACGAGAGCAUGCAGCCCAUGCAGUCACGAAGCGGGCUGUAGAUUCUGCUCCGUGUAAUUCUCGUACUCAACAUGUAACCCUAGAUGAUGAUGGUGUAAUAGGGACUACAUAUAUGGCUGGCUUGGUGCCGCCGCACUAAUUAAUAAGAAAAGAAGGA